UUCGUAGCAGAAGUUAUUCCUCCUUUUCGUGAUCGCGUCCCCUCCGCGUAAGCUAUUUAAGGAAGUGUAAAAUUACGUGACUUCGAUUUAUACUCGUAAAGCUUGCUAGGAUCAAUCAAAGAUUUCUUGACUUUUCGAAUUGUCGAAGUUGGUUCUCAAAAUGAACCACGUUUUCCGGCUAUUCUUGCUUCCCCUGGCAAUAUGUUUGUCUUCUUUGUCGGCUUUUACCAUAGACCAGAAUGCAAAGAGUUCUGCUUUAAACGUGGGCAAAAAGUAUGAAGACAACAACGAAUUUGUUCUUGAUGAAAGGGAGACCAGAGAAACGUUUCCUAAUAAAAACUCUGAUUUCAACGACGUUGGGAAAACAGACGAUGAUCUGUUUUUCGCGCUAGAAGAUGACAUCAAACGGAAAACCAAGAAAAGGUAACAAAUUGAAGUUGAAUAUUUUACUACAAAAUACAAAAAGGAACCUGAAUAAUAACGUAACAAAACUGANUUGUCGAAGUUGGUUCUCAAAAUGAACCACGUUUUCCGGCUAUUCUUGCUUCCCCUGGCAAUAUGUUUGUCUUCUUUGUCGGCUUUUACCAUAGACCAGAAUGCAAAGAGUUCUGCUUUAAACGUGGGCAAAAAGUAUGAAGACAACAACGAAUUUGUUCUUGAUGAAAGGGAGACCAGAGAAACGUUUCCUAAUAAAAACUCUGAUUUCAACGACGUUGGGAAAACAGACGAUGAUCUGUUUUUCGCGCUAGAAGAUGACAUCAAACGGAAAACCAAGAAAAGGUAACAAAUUGAAGUUGAAUAUUUUACUACAAAAUACAAAAAGGAACCUGAAUAAUAACGUAACAAAACUGAUAACUUUGCAGAGAAAUUUUUUUAAAGUAGGCUAAUACCAUAUUUUAAUGUCACUGAGAAAGUUUUGAACAUGAUAGCGUCGGUUUUGUUUUCAGACAUUCUCAUUAAAAAAAGAAAACUCUGACUGAUUUCUGUCAACGUGCUUGGCUACACUGACACGGUACACAAGGCCGACCUUUUAUUUCUUGAGAACAAAGAACAGAGUUGUGGAAGAACCUAGCCUGCGAUGUAGGCCCAAAAGAGGCUCAGUGAAUAAAAGAACAACUAGAAGAAUUUAACGAAACAAAGCUAAAAAUUGUGAGGCGAUGUUUACACCAUCCUUAUUUACCUGUACGGCGAAUUAGGUUUAUUGCUAUUCUGUUGAGUAGUAUUUUAUUGAUUGCGGCUUUGUUAUUUAUUAGUAUGGAUUACAGUGAAUGGGAAAGAUCAAAUGGACUCAAACUUAAUGACGACGACAAGGAGGAGGAGGAAGUGGAAGAAGAGAAAGGAGUCAUUAAAAAGUUGAUCAAAAAGUUUAAGAACUUGCUGCACAAACUUGGCAAACGAAGAUAA